UCUUUUUCAGAAACUUUAAUGGACACAAAAUGGGCCAUAUCAGAGCUAGCCUGGACAUCCCAUCCAGAGUCUGGGUGGGAGGAGGUGAGUGGCUACGACGAGGCCAUGAACCCCAUCCGCACCUAUCAGGUGUGCAAUGUGCGUGAGAUGAACCAGAACAACUGGCUACGGACUGGCUUCAUCCACCGCAAGGAUGUGCAGAGAGUGUACGUGGAGAUGAAGUUUACUGUGCGAGACUGCAACAGCAUACCCAAUAUCCCAGGCUCCUGCAAAGAGACCUUCAACCUCUUUUACUACGAGUCUGACUUGGACUCAGCCACAGCUAACAGCCCCUUCUGGAUGGAGAACCCUUACAUCAAGGUGGACACCAUCGCCCCGGACGAGAGCUUCUCCAAGCUGGAGUCAGGCCGGGUCAACACCAAAGUGCGCAGCUUCGGACCUCUGUCCAAGAGUGGCUUCUACCUGGCUUUCCAGGACUUGGGGGCCUGCAUGUCUCUCAUCUCCGUGAGAGUUUUCUACAAGAAAUGCUCCACCAGCAUUGCCAGCUUCGCCCAGUUCCCCGAGACAGUGACAGGCGCGGAGGCCACUUCUCUCGUCAUCGCCCCGGGGACCUGUAUCCCUAAUGCCCUGGAGGUGUCCGUCCCUCUCAAGCUGUACUGCAAUGGAGAUGGGGAGUGGAUGGUUCCCGUGGGAGCCUGUACCUGCGCUGCCGGAUUUGAACCUGCGAUGAAGGACACCGAGUGCCUAGCCUGCAGCCCUGGCACCUUCAAGUCUCGCCAGGGAGAUGGUCUCUGCUCGCCCUGCCCCCCGAACAGCCGUACUAGUUCGGGCGCUGCCACUGUCUGCUCCUGCCGAAACGGCUUCUUCCGCGCCGACAGUGACUUGCCUGAGAUGGCUUGCAGCACUGUGCCCUCCUCCCCUCGCAGUGUCAUCUCCAAUGUGAACGAGACCUCCCUGGUUCUGGAGUGGAGCGAGCCACGGGACUCUGGUGGCCGUGACGACCUCCUGUACAAUGUGAUCUGUAAGAAGUGCAGCGUGGAGCGGGGCCUGUGCACGCGGUGUGACGACAACGUGGUGAUCUCGCCACGGCACCUUGGCCUCAUGGAGAAGCGGGUCUACGUCACCAAUCUCCAGGCACACACGCAGUACAGCUUCGAGAUCCAGGCCGUUAACGGAGUGUCCAGCAAGAGUCCCUACGCACCGCAAUUCUCAGCCGUCAACAUUACCACCAACCAGGCCGCUCCCUCUGCGAUUCCCACUGUUCACCUCAUGGGGGCCACAGCGAGCACCAUGAGCCUAUCGUGGCUGCCCCCAGACAGACCCAACGGGAUCAUCUUGGACUACGAGAUCAAGUACCACGAGAAGGGUCACGGUGAAGUGAUUGCCCACACAGUGACCAGCCAGCACAGUGCAAUCCGGAUCGAGGGGCUCAAGCCUGGCACUCCCUAUGUGGUCCAGGUCCGAGCCCGUACGGUAGCUGGAUACGGACAAUACAGCAGCUCCUCCUACUUCAGCACCAACCUGCAGAGCGUCCCGGAGAAGAAUAUUCAAGAGCAGCUGCCCCUGAUCGUGGGCUCAGUGACGGCCGGGCUGGUCUUCAUCAUAGCUGUGGUGGUCAUCAUCAUUGUCUGCCUCAGGAAACAGAGAAAUGGUUCAGAGUCUGAAUACACAGAGAAACUACAGCAGUAUAUCACUCCUGGAAUGAAGGUCUAUAUCGAUCCCUUUACCUACGAGGACCCCAACGAAGCGAUCCGAGAAUUCGCCAAAGAAAUCGACAUUUCUUGCGUGAAAAUCGAGGAAGUUAUUGGAGCAGUGUUCUCCUGUGUGUCUCACGCUGCUGCCUCCCGCUCUGCAGGUGAGUUCGGGGAGGUAUGCCGCGGGCGUCUCAAGCUGCCAGGCCGCCGGGAGAUCAUCGUGGCCAUCAAGACUCUGAAGGUGGGCUACACAGAGCGGCAGAGGAGGGACUUCCUGAGCGAGGCGAGCAUCAUGGGCCAGUUCGACCACCCCAACAUCAUCCACCUGGAGGGAGUGGUCACCAAGAGCCGGCCAGUCAUGAUCGUCACAGAGUUCAUGGAGAACGGGGCGCUUGACUCUUUCCUUAGGUUGAAUGACGGUCAGUUCACGGUAAUACAGCUGGUAGGCAUGCUGCGCGGCAUCGCGGCCGGGAUGAAGUACCUCUCGGAAGCGAACUAUGUGCACCGGGACCUGGCGGCCCGUAACAUUCUGGUCAACAGCAAUCUAGUGUGCAAGGUGUCUGACUUUGGGCUGUCCCGUUUCCUCGAGGACGAUCCCACAGACCCGACCUACACUAGCUCGCUGGGAGGUAAAAUCCCGAUCCGGUGGACGGCGCCCGAAGCAAUUGCGUACCGGAAGUUCACCUCGGCCAGCGAUGUGUGGAGCUACGGGAUUGUCAUGUGGGAAGUGAUGUCAUACGGAGAGAGGCCCUAUUGGGACAUGUCCAACCAGGACGUGAUCAAUGCAGUGGAGCAGGAUUACCGGCUCCCCCCGCCAAUGGACUGUCCCACUGCUCUGCAUCAACUCAUGCUGGACUGCUGGGUGAAGGACCGGAACUUGCGGCCCAAAUUUGCCCAGAUCGUCAACACGCUGGACAAGCUGAUCCGCAACGCUGCCAGCCUCAAGGUCAUCUCCAGCGUCCACUCAGGGGUGUCCCAGCCCCUGCUUGACCGCUGUGUACCCGACUACACCACUUUCACCACUGUGGGCGACUGGUUGGAUGCAAUCAAGAUGAGUCGCUACAAAGAGAACUUCCUGAACGCUGGUUUCGCCUCCUUUGACCUGGUCGCUCAGAUGACAGCAGAAGAUUUGUUGAGGAUAGGGGUAACGCUAGCAGGGCAUCAGAAGAAAAUCCUCAGCAGCAUUCAAGACAUGCGCCUGCAGAUGAACCAAACAUUGCCUGUCCAGGUUUGAGAGAAGAGCACCCCCAACACCGAAUUUUCUUGGAGAACCCCAGGUGCCCAGCAUACUCUAUCAAUCGAACCCUGGCUUGCAGUGCCUCAGACACUUUUCCUCUGUUACUAUGUCACUGUAUUUUCAAUUCAUGUGUCUGCCAUGGGACAAGCUUUUGCGUGUGUUUAUGUGUUUGGAGGACAGCGAAUGCUGAAAAAAAAAAACUCCCAGAGAAAGAAAGAGAGACUUGGUAAAAGAAGAAACUUUGGACUUUUAAAAGCUAGCAAGGGUUUAUUGAUCCUACAUCUUUAAUGUUUUUGUUGCGUUUUGGUUUUAAAGUCUUCAUAUUGAAGAUGAUCUAUGGAAACACCACAAUCCUAAGACAGUUGUUGCAUUUUGUGUUUGAACUUCCAUGAGUGGAUGGACAGAAUCUCUUAUACAACUUUUAUGGAAUUCUUAUAAAUGGCGGAACGACUCCAGAUAGAAAUAUUAUGGAAAGAAGAAGAAGAAGAAGAAGAAGAAGAAGAAGAAGAAGAAGAAGAAGAAGAAGAAGAAGAAGAAGAAGAAGAAGAAGAAGAAGGUCAAGUUUGGAUUCAGUGUUUUUGAAACAGGAUUGGUGUGACUCUCUUGGGGUGUAUGUAUGAGUUUGGGUUAGGGUUAGAGUUUGGGAGUGUUUUGAUUCUUUCACGUGCACACCCCCUCUCCAGCCAUCAGCAGAGAGUAAAAAAAGGAAAUGACAAAUCUUUGUGCAUGUUGAAAAGUGCUUCAAAUUGUCUCCUUAACCCAAGUGGAAAUACAAAAAUAUUUAGGUAUAAAAAAUUGACAUAACUGUCAUUUUGUAUAAGCAGAGGACUUCAUUUUUAACGGAUGUCCAUGGAUUUCCUUUUUUUUCCCACUGAAGGACAAAUGACCAUUUGAGCUGUGGAUUUAAAAUAUAAUAAACAAACAAAAAAAGAACAACUUAAAUAAAUAAUAUAAACUGAUUUUUUUUUGUAUUAA